AUGUACAACUCCUACACCACAGACCCUGCAACUAAAAGACAGCGACCCAACCCCAACCCCCCAUCCACUAAACACUACCCUCGCCAAAGAGCAUUGACCGCAUGUUCCACUUGCCGUAGAAAGAAAAUCAAAUGUGACAACAACAGGCCCUCGUGCGGUAACUGUCUCAAGCUAGUGGCCACUUCCUCCGAUUACCAAUCCCCUUGUGUAUACGACUCGUUGAAAAAUGACUCCUCCACCUUCGAUGCCCCAUCGUUGGCCAUCCUCUCCAAAAUCGGCGACACAAACCUGUCUUUGUCAAAGCUACAAGCGUCGGUCUCCCAAGUUAUCGCCGCAUUGGGGAUCAACGAUUCUAUCGAUAACCGUUUGAUCCCUUCCAAUAACUGGAAUACUGGAACCGAAAGUAUUCUCCAAUGGCCAUUAAUUGCCAACAUGUCUCGCUCCUUAGAUACCAGGAAAAUCAUCAUCCUCUUGAAUGAAACCCCCGUGCGUCGUCCCAUACCCUCCUCCUCCUCCUCCUCUUACAAUAAUACUACUACUAAUAAUAAUACCAUUUACCCUUCUCCCGUCACCCAAUCUUUAUCACCUCCAGCAACCGCCGCCUCCCAUCAGUAUUUGAAUAUCCAUAACUUGGUGGACGUCAUCAAUCUUGAAAAUUUCUUGUUUUCCAACAUUGACAAUUUAUUCUUCGUAAUUUUCAAGAACGCAGCGUUUCCCCAAGUACCCUUCAUCAAUUUAGAUCAAUUAUCUACCACCAUCGACCAAUUGAAGAUAACCUAUAAACAAUUUCAAUCCAAUAAUAAUAAUAAUAAUAAUAAUAAUAAUAAUAAUAAUAAUAAUAAUAAUAAUAAUAAUAACACCAUCAAUACCUCGUUCUUGCUCCAAAAUUGUCAGUACUCCCUAACCCAAACCCCAUUGUCACUAGUAUUAUUGUGCCUCGCAUUAGCUUUGAUUUCUUACCGUCAAGACGACCACCCCCAGCUCAUCAAUUCACUACCCCACAAUAUCUUGGAAAUUGCCAAUUCAUCAUUCCAUCUCGGUCUACGAUUACAUAAUAUCAUGAAACACUCGGUUGAUGAACCCUCAUCAUCAUCAUCAUCAUCAUCAUCAUCAUCAUCAUCGUGGUGGUGGUUGUCGUCAUCAUCAUCAUCAUCAUCAUCAUCUACCAAAAACAUUUUCGCCGCUAAAAAUGACCCCGGCAACAGCCAUUACUCAUUAUGGACCGUCCAACUAAACAUUCUCUGUCACAUCUUCAAAUUAUUAACGUUGAAACCAUUGCUGGCCUGGGAUUUCCUUCACCGAGCCUGUACCGAGCUAUUACUGUAUAUCGAAGUUAAUGGUUUAGUAUUCAAUAUCAUCAAUCUUUCCCAAGAAACUUUAGCAAUCCCCCCAUUAUUCCGAUUCUGCUACCGACUUGAAACCUCGAUGAAACACCUUCUUUCCCCAUUCUAUAUGGCUUCAGGGAUUCUAUCGUACCCCGAACCACGAAUGCCCGAUCCACAUUUCGUCUAUGAUGACAAGAAUCUUUUGGCAAUUGAUGAAAAUACCUACACUACAAUCCAUAUGCUUCAUCUGCUUGAGCUUUCCCUUAUGAGAAUCGAAUUCUCGGUAUACGAAGUAUUUUAUUCUUCAUCCCCUUGGCCGCAUCGCCGUUGGGACGGGUUUGAAAUAAACGAAUUGAAAAAACGGGUGAGAAAUUAUAUUGAGCAAGUUCAACUACGAAUAGAUAUCAUCACCAUACCCCUGAUUAAGAAAUUUUUCCUCGAACUCAAUUCCGAUAUCUCCUCCUCUACCACCACCACCACCACCACCAACAAUAAUAAUAAUAAUAUGCUUCCUCAAUGUCUAAUGCGACAAAUCAAAUUCAAGAUCCAGGCCCUCAAGUUACGGAUCUAUAUCCCAGUACUAUAUCGGGCGUUGCAAUCGCUGCAUAUUGGGGAAUCCACCCACCAAGAUCAAUCGAUCUCCUCGAUUUUGCGUCAACUCACCGAUAUCGCGUGCCAAUUCUCUGAUCCGGUAUGUGAUGCUGUCAGAAAUAAGGACAGCUGGGCAAGAAUAAGAGAUGACUACCUUGCCUGUGUGGUAUUGAUAUUAAUUAGUUAUGGGUUCCCUGGUGUAUAUUUAGACCAAACAAAAUUACACGAACAAAUGAUGAAAACCGUCGCGGUGUUCGACCAUUGGAAAACUGAAUGUCCUGAAGUGAUGGUGUUCAAUAAAAACUUACAUGAUCUUUCCAAAACCUUAUCUGUGUGA